AACAUUGCCUUGUGCCAUCCGCACAGUAUCCUUGCUCGCAUACACUCACACGAGUUCGGCUCGGAAUCCAAGGAAAGUCCGAGUUCCAAUGGAACCUUUGUUAACCACUUUCGCUGGCCUGCCGCUCUCGCUCCGUCCGCCCAAUUUCCGUAUAUCCGUCUACAGAUUCGAGCCCCAGCUGCCCUCACAGGGUAUGCAAAGCUCUAAUAACGCCAUUUUCCGAGGAUUCGAGGAGCAGCACCUGAGAGUGUAUUAGAUGUAGUCUCGGUCGCACCCUCAAGUCCUGAGAGCUCUCAGCGAUGUAAAACCCAAGCAGUUCAGUUUAGUUCCUCUCUCUACGGUGAAAUUUACAUCUUCGCAUCGCAAACUGUGCAAAAGUGAUUUUUGCAGGCGAACAUUUAGGGUACAGAGAAUCCUUGAAGAACCGAAAAGUAUUUUUAAUCAGCAUUAGUUCUAGUCGUUUGUACAGUUUUAAGUUGGUCACGUUCGUGCAGUGCUGAAUAGUAGUUAAAGCGAUUUUAGAAGUUUUAGAUACCAACUAGCGAAACCAACGUUCCAAGGAUGCAGUAGUGAAUCCAACGUCGAAGGACACUCCCGAAUCGAGAGUUAAUUAAACGUGAAAUGAAACAGCCUUAAUCCUGAAAUUUUUAACGAAUUUCUGUCCGUUGCUCAUCUAAUUAUAUAUACAUGGUGUCUAGGUGUGAUUUUUCCUCUUGUUUCCUCGAACUUUUAUCAUUUUAAUUUUAUAUAUGGUGUUAAUUGUUAUUGGGACCGGCGCAGGCGCAACUCGGGCUGCUCAGAUACACGCACACACCCGCCGCAGCCAUACGUGAACUUGAUCCUGUGCUUGUAUUUCGCGUGUCCCGCCCAGAUUUUUACCAGUCUUGAUUUGAAAACGGUAUGGUGCAGCUGAAAUAAAUAACGCUAGUGAAAAUUUGUGACUACUAACAGCCCUCAGAGUAGAACCAAUCGCAAGUCGGUCUCUGAUCUAUGAAAAUGUGUAACGGGUGCAGUUUGCGUUUAUCGGAAAAGUGAAAAACGAACCCUGAAGGUGGACCAGCCUCCGGGCCGGAGCUCCGUUCGAAAGACGUAAUUUGCAAACCCAAGGCAGCGUUAUGAACUGACCUCUGCCCUAUAGGCUCCGCUUCAGUAUUCAGUACACCCAGAGUGCACGAUUUUCCAGCGUUUUCCCGAUGAAACUCAAGUGCUGUGCAGUUUUUUCCACGUAAGGGUAGCCGAGACCAGAGCGAGCAGUUCAUCGUUAGGCAACCGACACCACAUAGCGGACAGGAAAAUGCUGCCCUCGCUAUUUGUCGAGAUGGAACAUAACUUAAAAUUAUCUAAUUCGAAAAAGUGCAAACGGUGAGAUGGACUUCUGGCCCAAACUCAGAGUUGUCGUCGGGUGACAUAGUGCGCUUAAACGAGGGGGCAGCAGCAGGGCAGUGUCGAACUCCACCUGCUCAUCAUCGCUCGCUUUUCACAUAGAGAAAUGUUUUACAAAAUUGAUUUGCUGCCAAGGGCUCGCUUCGUUACCCUAUGGCUAGCGCUCAAUAUCGCCUUCAUCAUACAGGAGCCAAAUCGCAAGCUGGUUGCUGUCCAUGCAGCUACUGGUGGAGGCAGCAUGUUGGGCGAUGUUAACAUAUCUGCCAUAUUGGACUCUUUCAGCGUCAGUUACGACAAAAGAGUAAGACCCAACUAUGGAGGACCACCGGUUGAAGUUGGAGUCACCAUGUAUGUUCUGUCGAUCAGCUCGCUGUCUGAAGUGAAAAUGGAUUUCACCUUGGACUUUUAUUUUCGUCAAUUUUGGACUGAUCCACGAUUAGCUUAUAGAAAACGUCCAGGCGUAGAGACGUUAUCAGUUGGAUCAGAAUUCAUAAAAAAUAUUUGGGUACCUGACACCUUUUUUGUAAAUGAAAAACAAUCAUAUUUUCAUAUUGCGACAACCAGUAAUGAAUUUAUACGAAUUCACCAUUCUGGUUCCAUUACACGAAGCAUACGGCUGACCAUCACUGCUUCAUGCCCAAUGAACCUACAGUACUUUCCGAUGGAUCGGCAAUUGUGCCACAUAGAAAUCGAGAGUUGCUCUGGAGUCGGUUACACAAUGCGAGAUAUCCGGUACUUCUGGAAAGAUGGCCUUAGUAGUGUUGGAAUGAGCAGCGAAGUUGAACUUCCACAGUUUCGUGUAUUGGGACACAGGCAGAGGGCGACCGAAAUAAACCUAACCACAGGAAACUACUCACGAUUAGCGUGCGAAAUUCAAUUCGUCCGUUCGAUGGGAUACUAUUUAAUUCAAAUCUACAUUCCAUCUGGACUAAUUGUUAUAAUAUCGUGGGUAUCGUUUUGGUUAAAUCGAAAUGCGACCCCAGCCCGCGUAGCUUUAGGUGUAACAACUGUAUUGACAAUGACAACGCUUAUGUCAUCGACGAAUGCUGCACUACCGAAAAUAUCUUAUGUUAAAUCGAUCGACGUGUACUUGGGAACAUGUUUCGUCAUGGUGUUUGCUAGUCUUCUGGAAUAUGCAACGGUGGGCUAUAUGGCAAAGAGAAUACAGAUGCGCAAACAACGUUUCAUGGCCAUACAGAAAAUAGCUGAACAGAAGAAACUUCAAGUGGACGGAGGUCAACCGCCACCGAAUCCUGGAGCGGAACAUGGACAUGGGCAUGGUCAUGGUCAUAGCCAUGGUCAUCCCCAUGCACCAAAACAAACAGUGAGUAAUCGCCCAGUUGGGUUUUCCAAUAUUCCCCAAAAUAUUGGAUCGCGCGGUUGCUCGAUAGUGGGACCCUUGUUCCAGGAGGUGAGGUUCAAAGUUCACGAUCCCAAGGCUCAUUCAAAGGGCGGUACACUCGAGAAUACAGUAAAUGGUGGUCGCGGCGGUGGAGGUGGUGGCGGAGGUGGAGGUGGAGGCAGCGGUAGCGGUGGUGGAGGUGGUGAAGGUGGGGAUGCGGAAGGUGGUAGCGCGGUACCGCAACAUCUACUACAUCCUGGAAAGGACAUCAACAAACUGCUGGGAAUAACACCAUCAGACAUCGAUAAAUAUUCGCGAAUAGUAUUCCCAGUAUGUUUCGUCUGCUUCAACUUAAUGUACUGGAUUAUAUACCUACAUGUUAGUGAUGUUGUGGCGGACGAUCUAGUAUUGCUAGGAGAGGAUAAGUAGAUACCUGGAUUGAUUACCUCGCAUCACGUUAAGAAAAGGAAAAAAAAAAUACAAAAAUCCACUAAAAAAUAACAACUAAAAUACUAAAUUAAAAUAACAUAAACCUAAAAAAAAACUAAUAGAAAUUAUAAAAGUACGCUAUGCUUAGUUAAACAAAAGUAUCCCGAUGUCUAAAGGAAAACCAUUUUCUAAUGAUUAUAAAUUAAAAUGCAGCACACCAACUUAUCUUUUCUACAAAUUAGUAUUUAUAUAAAAAAAAAGGUAAAAAUGAUGAUACUUAUUGUAAUGUAUAUUUAAAUUUAGAAAUCGAUCUUCCAAGCCAAUAGUCGAUUAUUAAAUUAAAAUUCAACAAUUUUUCCGUACAGCAAUCUGCACAACCUUUAAAUAUAAUUAUUUAAUUUGAUGAUUUUUUUAAAAAUUUCGGUUCAAGCAAAAUUAGUAGAACGGAGAGCUGCUAGAUGACGCUUCCAAUAAUUAUUGCCAAAUUUUCUCAAUUAAGUCGUUAACUAAUUAUUAUCGUCGAUAGAAAACAAAAAUGUUUUUUGUUCGAAAUUGUGUUCAAUAUCGUUUAAUUACGAAAUAGAUUCUUCGUUAGGGAAUAAAAUUAAUUUUAUUUUGAGCAAAAGAAAUAUAAAAAUAAUGUACGAAUUCUAGCUAUAUAUCAGUUUUAUCUGUGCAAAUGAGAGAAACUGAAAGAGCGAAUAUCUUUUCUAAUCGAAUAUGAAUAUUACCGUGAAUUUUAGAUUCUGAAUAAAGUAUUAUUUCUGUUAAUUGUUUUCGAUAUAUUUUCUCAAACUGUGUUAAAUUCUAACCGAAUUUCAAAUAAAUUCUAUUCGAAGUUGAUUAAUUUAAAUAAAGUGUAUAAAUGAGAAAAAAAAAACAAAAUCUAAUAUUUUGAAUCUUAGAGUGUUUAUGCAAUACGGAUAUGAUAAAGACUGUGAUUUAUAUACAUAAGGAACGUUUAAGUAAACCAAAAAGUUUAAAAAGUGAAAAAUGAGCAACACUUAAGGAGAAACUACUACGAUUUCAUUAUUUCGUGAUAUCAAUUCGUUUAAAUCUUCACAACGUAAGAGAACCAGACAAAUGAGAAUGUAAAGAAAAAUUAUGUAACUAAUACAGAAACACAUAUACGUAGCGAUUUAGCUGCAACUUCGGCAUCGGGAUGUGUUACGUAAAAAAUGUAUAUGUGAGAAUUCUAAAUACGAAGAUAAACUACGAAUUAAACAAAAAAAGACAUAAUAUAAAUAGCAGCUCCAUAUUGUAUAAAAGUCGAAGAAACACUAAUAAUUCCAUAUAUGCUAGUUAUGACUAAACGUAAAAUUGGAGCACACUUCUAUAUAUAUACAUUAAUAUAUUAAAGGAAAAGGAAAACAAAAAACAAACCGUCAUAUACAUAUGUAAAAUCCUAGCGGCAGUAUUACAUCGUUCUGCAAACAGCAACCAGUAUGUUAUUGUUAUAAUAUAACAAUUGAGUCAAGUAUUAGAUGCGUACCGUCAAUAUUGAAAAAAAAAAUUAACAACACGAUAAGCUAUGUUAAAACCGAAAAGAAAUAAUUUAAUAAAUCACUAAUAAAGCCCAGCAUCAUAUGUACAUCUUAUAGCGAAUCGACAAAUAUAGUUCAGACAGACUUCAAUACAACCAAAAUACUCCAUCAACCAGCAAAAGAAAAAUAACACAAUUCGGAGAAAAGUAAUAGAAAUAACAUUAAUCGUGAGGGAAAAAAUAUCUUCUUUCCUGUAGCAAUUAAGAAACUAUAUUUACAUGAAUAUUUGUAAAGCAGAGGAUAUUAAAUUUAUAUAUACAUAUUGUGAAAAAGGAAAAAAAACUAGAUAAAUUAUACAUACAUCCACUACUACUACACACCCUCCCACUAAGCUCCUAUACUCUCACGUAAAAUACGUAUUUCAUCUGUCCCUCAUUUCAUAUUGUUUGAAACAAAACCAACAGACAUAUGAUUUUUAAAAUCAGCGAAAUUUCAACAAAAAGAAGCAACCGUAAACAACCAAAUACUCAA